AUGAAUGGAAGGUCCUUCACGGCUCUUUGGUUAAAUGAUCCAAAGAAUAACCUGGCCCAGUUUAGGUACUGGUUCACUACUGCUCUAGGUAGACCCGUCGCAAGUAUUGGUUUUAAGAAAGUGCCAAAGUGGUCAACGCUAAAGGGGCCAUUUGGUAACUGGCCUCCCACCAAAGGUUUGAGUGGCCUCAUAAGGGGAAUCAAGAUAAUUCCACCAACUUCAGAAAAUUUUAAUAUGGAUUUUCUAGGUGGAUCAGCAGGAAAAAGGAAAUCAGGAGCGAUGGAUCUACUGGGCACCACUUCUGAAUAUUGUUUUCCUUGGGAGCAUCAGGUUACUUCAAUUUCAGGAAUUACUCGACCAGGGAAUACUCAUGAACUGUGCUCAAAUCAAAGGAAGAAUUUUGAACCUAUAAAUUUUAGGAAUCAGUUUGAGAAUGAUCACUUCCAUCAUCGGAAUGUUUUUCCAGAAACCAGGUUAACUAGUAAUUGGGACUUGCAUAGAAAUGCCUCUUUAACUGUGACACCACAUUUUGUACAGUCCAAAAGACCUUUCUCACUAAUUAAGAUGCCAGUUGGGGAGGCACCUGAAGUAUUAACUUGGCAACCCCUGGCUCCUCAUCAUAUGUUAGACCACAGUGGAGCUCAUAACUCUUUGUCCCUCCCGAGUUCACAUAAUGCACAUACAGGAAAACCUAAGGUUGAUCCUGGUUUGGAAGCUCUAAUGAAUUCUGGGAUCAAGGAUCGUGGUUUCUCAGACAGACAGGAAGUGUGCAAUGCAUCAUCUGAGUGUGAGAUACCUAUGGAAACAUCACAACAGAGCUUUAUACAGUCUAACAGGUUUUCUCAUGGUUUCGAUAGACCAUCUUUUCAGGGAACCAGUAAAUUUCAAAUUUCUGGUGGAUUGAAACAAAGGGGGCAUUUUUUAGACAAUGCAAGAAUUAGUGACAUAUUGUCUGUAGGGACGGCCUCUGUGGGAGCAUCUGUUUACACAGUGGAAACCAGAAAUCAUAAAUUGUUGCAAAAUGAAGUACAAUUUGGCAGUGCUACUUUAGGUAUUAUUUUGGGUGACAGCUCUGAAAGUAGGCAACCAGGUCAUGGAGAGGAAGACGCCAAAGUAACUGAAGGAACAGAGGCAGCAGAUAUGGAGAAUUUGAAAUAUUCUUUUACAGAGGAAAUUUCUGCUAACCAUGGUAAUGGUGAUGCUAGCAUUGGGGCACAUGGUCAAGAAAAUGACCCAAGUCAUGGUUCUCCCAAAUUAGAGGAGAAGAGGAUAUUAGCUUCUGGCAAAGCAGCUCCUAUAGUUGCUGAAAAUCUUUGGAAUGGGUUGCUUCAGUUAAAUUCCUCCCAAGUUGUGUCCACACUUGCCUUCUUCAAAAGUGGUGAGAAGUUGCUUGAUAUCAACUGGUCUGAACUUGUAGAAGUUAAAGGGAAAGUAAGAUUAGAGGCCUUCGAAAAAUAUAUUCAAGAUCUUCCUCGUUCACGCAGUCGGGGAUUGAUGGUAAGAUGUCAUCAUUUUUCUUUCCUUUAUGAAAUAGGCAACUUAAAUUAUGAUGAAGCGAAUGAUUUACCCAUCUGA